GCCUGGUUCUAGACGCCAUUAAAAGUAAGAAAAUAUUGAAGUCUUCAACAGGUUAUCUGAAUAUUUUAUUUAUUUUUAGAUCCGCCUAGGGCGCCCACCACCUAACUAUUUCCACUUCCUGCAGUUCAAAUCGAGGUUUAUUCAUGGCGGCAGGUUCGGAGGACACAUUGUUUACGCAGCUAAAGUAAUGCGUUUUCCAGUGGAGUUAAAUUCAUAUAACUAAUGUCAAUGGCUGAAGCAAGUCCUCCUCUCGCUGAAAACAGCAAUUUGCAAAUUUGUGUUUUAUGCGCAUCGGAUUUAAAAGACAAGAAUCCAAAAUUAUUGUCGUGUUUACAUACGUUGUGUGAAAACUGCUUGAAUUCACUAUUCCAAGUACAAAUUCAACAAAAGCGUCCAAACGAAGAAAAUGGAGAUAUAGCAUCAGACGAGAAAGGCGAAAAUGCGGUGUCGGAAAACUGUUCCAUAUUGUGUCCUGCCUGCAAUGCCACAGUUGAGAAAUCCUUAGUUUUAGACAACUUGUUUGUCCAGAGCACACCAAUUGUUAUCGAGGAUGAAGAGGAGAAGGAAGAAGAAAACCACAUUUGUACAGCUUGUGACGAAAAUCAAGAUGCCACUUCAUUUUGUGCCGAGUGCAAAGAAUGGUUAUGUGAUCAGUGUGUGUUUGCUCAUAAACGAGUACGCAUUACCAAAGACCACACAAUUCAGUCUAAAGAAGAAGCGAAGAAGAUAGAGGAUGAUGCCAAUUCUACACCUCAAAAAAUUAUGUUUUGUACUGUGCAUAAAAAUGAACAACUCAAACUGUUUUGUGAAACGUGUGACAAAUUGACUUGUAGAGAUUGCCAGCUUGAAGAGCACAAAGAUCACAAGUAUCAAUUCUUAUCUGAGGCUAUCAGACACCAGAGAGAAAACCUGCAGAAUGCUGUUGUGAAAUUAAAGCAAAAACUUGGAAACUACCAUCAAGCAGACAAAAUUCUGACCUCAAAGAAUACCGAAUUAAAAUCAAAACUUAAUGAAGUUUGUCAAAAUAUGAGAGACGUGGCAGAUAGCAUAAUCAAAGAAAUAACCAAGCAUACAGACAAUCUUAUUCAGUAUCUCGAAAAAUAUGUCAGUUCUAAAACCAGUGUAAUAUCUGACAAACAGCGCUUGGUGAAGGAAGCAUUGGACAAAAUGAAACAUACCAUUGAAUUUGUUGAGAAUGCUUUGACUGUUGGUGAUGAUACCUCCAUACUUUAUGCCAAAGGUGUGAUGAUGAAAACCUUGCGAGCACUUGCAAACAAUGGAAUUCCCUUCCAUCCGAGUAUUCUUAAUUAUUCCAUAUCCUAUGAACAUGAAAAGGAUUUCAUAUUGAGGAAUGUUAACAAAGCUGGUACACUGGUAAUUGACAACCAAAAAUUUCCUGCCGUACCUGGACAGAGGCCUGCCCCUUCUUCCCAGCAGGUACAAAGUGCCUCCAGCCAGUCCAGUGUUUUCCCCCACAGUGUGAUGCCAAAUCGCACAACAAAUGCCAGCGGUUACUACACCAGUAGAAACUCCAUACCACCCAGGAUCCAGCAGACAUUUUCCCAUCUCUCAACUGAUGAGCAAAGGAAUCUGACACAGAAAAUUUACAAUAUGUGGACUCAGCAACAAGGUCCUGAACAAACGUCAGGAGCAGCCAACUAUCAGCACCAGGGUCCCUCAACCUGUGUAACACCUGUAGACCAGUCAGUCAGAAAUUUGACAAAUCUAGUCAAUGGUGUUCCGUCUCAAAGGCCUAUGCAACCAACAUCUAAUAUUCGCUUCCGACACACAACAGCUAUGCUGCAGUCGAAUGUAAACUCACCUAGGCCACAUGGGCCAGAGAGAGUGGGCAUGCAGUUGCCUACAAAUAGUUUACCCAGUACUGUCCAGCCCCGCCAGGCAAGCCCAAUGGGAGGUAUGGCACGACCACAUGCAUCUGCAGGGGACCAAGUCCGUUCUUCAAUCAGCCCAAGUUCUGCAGCAGACAGAAUAAUCGCAGGGAGAACAUUUCAAGGCCAUCCAUCGGGUAAAUCUUGGAAUUUUGUUGACAUGGGUUCCCGUUUUCAUCAACCAGCAUUCUUAUCUCAUAUUGACCAGGGCUCACCAGGUCCUCAGGCAGCAUCUCACCAAAACAAGACCCCUAGCCCGGCCGGAGCUGGAUUUGAUGAGUCAGCGACUGGGCAAAAACUACUGUACGCACGGUCUCCAACUGCUACAGGCAACCCUGUAAAGACUGAAAAUAAACAGCUGUCCUCCUGCCAGUUCUCCUCAGCUAAAAGUGACACUUCUCCCCUACCAGAGAGGCACAGGACCCCACCCCCUCGACGAGCCUCCCCACACCCUCCACCACCUUUGAUCCACACCAGUAAUUUACAGAGCAAUAACACCCCAAGUCCUUCCCAGGGGAAACAGAUGCCCGAGAGUAAAGAGGACGACCCUAAUGAGGACUACUGUGCUGUGUGUCAGAACGGAGGGGACCUGCUGUGCUGUGACAAGUGCCCCAAGGUGUAUCAUCUCAAGUGUCACAUCCCAGAACUUAAAGAAUUCCCAAGUGAUGAGUGGCAGUGUACAUUAUGUACAAAAGCUGAUGACAUGGUGUUGAGUGAGAUUGAAAAGAAAGACUUUACAAUGGGUCCAGGAAAACGAAAAGCUCCGUCAGGACUUACAGAGAAAGAAUUAAAGGCAUGUGAAAGAAUCCUUUUAGAGCUCUACACUAAUAAAGACAGUGCUGUUUUUCAUGAACCUGUUAGUAAAUUGGUACCAAACUAUUACAAAAUCAUAACCAGACCAAUAGAUUUUUCCAAGAUAAGAUCUAAACUUCAAAGACAGAAUUUCAACCACUAUAACACAGUAGAGGAAUUCCUAAGUGAUUGUAAACUGGUCUUCAAGAACUGUGUUACUUACAAUUCGGUUGGAACUCCAAUAUAUGACCAGGGCAAAAUGCUGGAUGAAGAGUUUGAGCGUCUGGUACAGAAGUUUUUGCCGUGUUAUUUUGAUAUACUGGAUGACCUUGACACCAGGACAGACACGCCUGUGAGUGACGCUUCAGACGGGGGACCCGGAGAGAAGAAAAAGAAGAAGCGAUACGAGGACGAUCCUGACGCCUCACCUGUCCAUUUUCACUGAUACCGUGGCACAUAGUGUUUGAAAUGGAUUUUAAUCAUGUUCUUUUGAUGCCAAUGUUUUAAUAGGGUCCUUGAUAUGUUUCUGUUCUGGUAAGAGUUGUUAUGAUGGCAAUUUUAAAUGAAAUGUAACCGAUUGUCCCAUUGAUAAUUAGAAAAAAAAUUGUUGUUUAUAAACUUUAUAAAAACCCAGUAUUUUGCAAUCAACAUUAAGCAUGCUGCAGUGAAAGUAUUUUUUGAAGAUAACUAUUUUUCUACUUUAUUAAUUUGUAGAUAGAUAAUCAUCUUAAUUUAUGUCUUUUUUAUUUUACUUUCCAGUUGUUCACAAAACCAUAGACUCAUUAAGUGAAUGUAAAUCUUGUUUAUUAUUAGGAAUGUUUUGUGUCAAUGCUUGCUUUAAUGUUAAAUAGGUAACAAAGUUUGGUUUUCAAGUGCAUUGAUAUUUCUGUGGAGUUACUGGUCUUGAAAAGAAUUGUACAUCAUGUCAAACCUCACAUUUUCACUUAAUGAUUUUCAACACAUGUACAGUCAGAAAAUAAAUUUAUCAAGAAAGGU